ACAAAAACCCUAGCCUUCGACAACCUCGAAAAGCCCUAGAGCCGUCUGCAAUGGCGGAUCACGAGCCCGCCACCUCCUCCUCCAAGAAGAAGAAGAAGCACUCCAAGAAGCGGGAAUCCAUCGAUGUCACCGAGGACACCUCCCUCACCGCCGCCGCCGCCGCCUCCCCUAAGAAGGAGAAGAAGCGCUCCAAGAAGAGGGAAUCCAUCGACGUCACCGAGGACGCCUCCCUAGCCGCCGCCGCCGCCCCCGAGAAGAAGAAGAAGAAGCACUCCAAGAAGCGGGAAGUCAUCAAUGUCACCGUGGACGCUUCCCUCACCGGCGGGGGCGCCGCCUCCUCCGGCGCGGCCCCCAUCGUCGCCUACUUCCCGACCGGCUACGACCCCCUGGCCGCCGCCGCCAGGAAGGGUAAAGAGCCCUCCCGCACGCGGCUGUUCCGCCAAACGAAGCACCCCACCCGCAUCGAGCUCGUGGUCGGCGCCCCUGGCGGAGGGCCGGACUUCGUCGGCCGGAGCUUCGCCGGCGAGGCGGUCCUGCCGCAGCACACUGGCUACGCGCUCGGUGUCCUCGACAAGGCCUCCGGCACCCUCAAGGUCGUCCCCAUCGCCUCCAACAAGAUCCUAAGGCUAGAGCCGCAAUUUGAAGUGCAGAAACCAGCACAGUCACAGCACUCUGAGGCAGGGUCAGCAGAAAAUGCUGAGUUGAAGGUACAGGAUGUUACACUGAUGUUUGGAAGCCAGGCAGACAAGAACAAGGAUAUUAAGUGGAAGUCAUUAAAUGAGCAGAGAAAUGAUCCUUCUGCUUUUCUUGACCUUGACCUUGGAAAUUCUGAUACCAAUGUGGGUGCUAGUGAAAGCCAAGAACAAACUGUUAGGAACAUUCCACCCUAUGAUCCUGCAGCCAACACGUCAGAAAGGGCAUAUCUUUUUGAUGAGAUUAUUCCAAGCAGUAUACGGCCACACCUUAUGGAUAUUGUGGAGCACUUUGAGUCAGGAGAAUUUUCUUCAAAAGGCUAUGAGAGUUUUGUAUCAAAUCGUGUUAAUAAAUUACAGGAGCUUCAGGGUGAAGAUAAGGAGAGGCUUGCCUGGAUACUGUCCUACAUCACACAUCUCCUGACCUUUUUGGAACGAAACAACUCCAUGUCCAAGUGGCGCAGAAAGGAAAAUCGGGCUACCAAUCGACUAAUGAUCCCCCAUGCUGUAUAUCGUAAGCUGCUGCUAAUGUUUGUGGAGCCAGGAUCCGGUGCCGUUUCAACAGAGAAACAUGAGCUUUUGAUCAACUACAUUCUUGUGCUGACGCUUUAUGCUGAUAACUUCAGAUCUGACCCCAAAGAUAUAUGCGAAGACCUUAAAAUGACCAGCCAGAUGAUUAGACCAUAUUAUGCCCAGUUAGGAUGCAAAUCUGUGUCAGCUGGUGCUCUUAAUUCCACUGUAAUGACACUUCCAGCCCCCCUCAAGUUCCCAAAAGAAUUUGCAAGGAGAAAGCGACGAAGGUAGUUGUCACAGGAGAGAGUCAGAAUGGUCUUCGUGGUCAUCACAGGGAGAGAGUCCAGGAUCAUCUCAGAAGAGUCUUCACUUCUGAAUGUGGAUGCAAUAGGAAAAGACUGUUCUUAGCGCUGCGAUCAAAUCUACCGAAGUUUAUGCGUGUUCCCACUCUUUGCAAUUACUGGAACACGAGGAAUAUGGCUUCUGCCUUCUUUUUGUUUCCCCUUGUCGCCUGGAGUUACUGCCAGAACUUCAGAAAGACAGCAUAAUUAAUGGUUAUGUAUUGAUGUCAUUUUUUUCAUUUGAUCCUGCCUACCAGGAUUUACAUUGCUACUAUACAGCUUUUUGUUUACAGCUUUUGUUUUAGCAUCUUGCCAUGGAUAGUAUGCAUCUCAGUAUCUUGCUAACAGCCAAACAAUCCUAGCAGUCAGCAGGAUUGCCUAUUAACUGAUGCUAAUGCUUCAUACUCUGCAAAUCUGGCAAAAAGUUAAUACCCAUUUUACACCAGUGCACAUGA